AUACGUGCGACUGCUUCUCACGUUGAGGUUUUCGAUGAAUUUUUUUGCCUCACUUUUGUUUCAUCAAAUAAUUGUAUGAGAAUUUUUUUUCCCCUGCAAAAUAUUAUUGUCAUGAACAGCCGGCUGCAAGAAAUACGUGAAAGGCAGAAGCUAAGACGGCAGCUUCUUGCACAACAGCUCGGGGCAGAGAGUCCCGAUAGCAUCGGUGCUGUUCUCAAUAGUAAAGAUGAACAAAAAGAAAUCGAAGAGACCAGAGAGACAUGCAGGGCAUCAUUUGACACAUCAGUUCCUGGUGGGAAAAGAAAGUGUCUGAAUGAGGGUGAAGAACCAGAGGAGGAUGUGGAGGAGCAGAGGGAAGAUGUUGAGCCCCAGCUGCAGGAGGAGAGCGGACCGUAUGAAGAGGUGUACAAAGACUCCAGCACUUUCCUAAAGGGCACUCAGAGUUUAAAUCCCCACAAUGAUUACUGCCAGCACUUUGUGGACACAGGUCAUAGACCUCAGAACUUUAUCCGAGAUGGAGGUUUGGCUGACAGGUUUGAGGAGUACCCCAAACAAAGAGAGCUCAUCCGACUAAAAGAUGAGCUCAUCUCUGCCACCAACACCCCACCCAUGUAUCUGCAGGCAGAUCCAGACACAUUUGAUCUGAGAGAUUUGAAGUGCAAGUUUGAUGUGAUUCUGAUAGAGCCUCCAUUAGAGGAGUAUUACAGAGAGUCGGGCAUCAUUGCCAACGAGCGCUUCUGGAACUGGGACGAUAUCAUGAAGCUGGACAUAGAGGAAAUCUCAUGUAUUCGCUCUUUUGUUUUCCUGUGGUGUGGCUCAGGAGAAGGCCUUGAUCUUGGCCGAAUGUGUCUGAGGAAAUGGGGCUUCAGGCGAUGUGAAGACAUUUGUUGGAUCAAGACUAACAAAAACAACCCUGGUAAGACCAAAACGCUGGACCCCAAAGCAGUGUUCCAGAGAACUAAGGAACACUGUCUGAUGGGUAUCAAAGGCACAGUUAGACGCAGCACAGAUGGCGAUUUCAUUCAUGCUAAUGUGGAUAUAGACCUGAUCAUCACAGAGGAGCCAGAGAUGGGUAAUAUUGAGAAGCCAGUGGAGAUUUUCCACAUCAUUGAACAUUUCUGCCUGGGCCGUCGACGGCUGCACCUGUUUGGCAGGGACAGCACCAUUAGGCCAGGAUGGCUGACUUUGGGCCCUACCCUGACCAAUAGCAACUUCAAUGUGGAAGCUUACUCCACCCACUUCAGUGAGCCCAACUCUUACUUGUCUGGUUGUACUGAAGAAAUUGAGAGACUCCGCCCCAAAUCCCCAACUCCUAAAUCUAUGGCAGAGAGAGGUGGGGGAGCACAACGAGGAGGACGGGGCGGUCCUUCUGGACGAGGGGAUCGAGGUCGAGAGAGAAACCGCCCAAACUUCCGUGGAGAUCGAGGGGGAUUCAGAGGCCGUGGCGGCCCACAUCGUGGAUUCCCACCCCGAUAGUGCACGACGUGCCAACUUUGAGACUGAAAACAGAAAAUGUGAUGUGUCUGAUAUUUUUGUACCUGACAUUUGAAAAGGUGUUGUUCCAAUUUGUAUUGUUUUUUUAGUUUAUUAUGUAAGAGGUUAAGAGCGGGAAUGAAUUUUAAUGUCAUACUAACUCGAUUCUUUCUGAAUGACUUCUGUUAAGUCACAUUUGUAAGAAUUGUAUUCAACCUCAAUAAAACAGUUUUUU